UAAUAGACAACUUUCCGUAGACUAGAGAGGUCUUACAGGUUUAUUAUUCUAUCCGUCAAACAAAUCUUUUCUUUUUGACCCAGGCAAGAUGGGUAUCAGUCGUGAUCACUGGCAUAAGCGAAGGGCCACAGGAGGGAAACGAGCGCCCAUUCGUAAGAAGAGGAAGUAUGAGUUAGGUCGCCCGGCUGCCAACACCAAGCUUGGUUCCCAGCGUAUUCACUUGGUACGAGCUCGUGGUGGAAACAUCAAAUAUCGAGCUCUCAGACUUGACACUGGAAACUUUUCUUGGGGUUCAGAAUGUGCAACUCGCAAGACCCGUAUUAUCGAUGUUGUGUACAAUGCUUCUAACAACGAGUUAGUGCGUACAAAGACUUUGGUGAAGAAUGCUAUUGUUGUGGUUGACGCUACUCCAUUCAGGCAGUGGUAUGAAUCCCACUACCUGUUACCCCUUGGCAGGAAGAAGGGUGCUAAGCUGACUGAGGCUGAAGAUGCCAUCAUCAAUAAAAAACGCAGCAAGAAAACCGCUAAGAAGUACUUGUCCAGACAACGCCUUGCAAAAGUUGAAGCAGGACUUGAAGACCAAUUCCACACAGGGCGUCUGUUAGCGUGCGUUUCCAGUCGACCUGGCCAAUGUGGCCGCGCCGACGGUUACGUGCUGGAGGGCAAGGAGCUGGAGUUCUACCUAAGGAAGAUUAAAUCCAAGAGGGCUAAGUAAAAAGUGUAAUGUAAAAUAAACAAAAAAAACAAUUUC